AUGCUUUCUUCUUUGAUUCCGUGCCUUAUCGUAGUGACGUUUUCACGUCAGACGACAGCGUCGCAUUUUCGCGGCGGGAUCAUCACUUGGAAGCCAAGUGGAAAUAAUUCGAACGAGGUAAGAAAGGAAAUUACGAGGGUGUACUAGGUGAUAUUCUAGAAACAAUAUACGUUUCAGCAAAAAGAUAUCACUAGUGCAGAUUGAUUAUUCUCUACUGUAGCUCAAUGGGUUGUGCAGUUCGUGGUGGGGAAAAUUAUUACUUAUUAGACUCAAAUUUGAAGGUGUAAUAGCUUAGAACAAAACAUGAUAAGAGAAAAGGAAACUCGUGUUUAAAAUAACGAUUAUGGGGGGGUUUAAUUUGCCCUUGCAAGAUUUGUUAGGCUUUUCAGGCUCGCCUAUUUAACCAAGAUUUUAGUGCAACUUAUUUGUCUAAAUAUUUCUUCCCCCUCAGAGUUCAUGGUUUCGCUAACUAGUUUCGCAAGAAUUUGAGGAAUGUGGAGCGCAUGAUUAAUUGAAAAUAGUGUGCCGUCUUAGCGCAUUAUUCCGGAAGGGCAAUUUAUCGUUAUUUUACAAAAUAUCAACGAUUUUGUAGACGGGAUACAAAGCUUGCAGCAACAAAAAUCGCUAAAUUUUUCUAAUCAAGCUCGUAUGAUUAGUCGAUUAGAUGAUAAAACAAUGGCAAACUGAUUGACAAAACUCGAAUCUAGGAGACACUAACGAGGUUUAGCCCAAUAGGUCAUUGCAUGGCAUUUGUAUAGAAAUUUCAUAUCUUUCAUCGCAUUUAAUUAAAUUGCAAACGCUGGUACCUUUAGUUUGCUAAAUCUGUUAAAAAUCAUUAGUAUUUGAAUAGCUAAGCCAUUGGCUUCACCAUUCAGAUUACUUCAAACUCCGGAAAUGACCUCCGGGUUUUCUCGGAAAUGUCUCAACGACUUUGAUGUACUUGAACGUUUGCUCACUACGGAAAGGUAUCUUAAGGCUUUGAAAUAUUUUAAUUACACCAGUCACUCUGGUUUCUAUUAAACAUUUAUCGAUUUAACUGAUUGACAAAACUCGUAUCUAGGAGACACUAACGAGGUUAAGCCCAAUAGGUCAUUGCAUGGCAUUUGUAUAGACAUUUCGUAUCUUUCAUCACAUUUAAUUAAAUUGCAAACGCUGGUACCUUUAGUUUGCUAAAUCUGUUAAAAAUCAUUAGUAUUUGAAUAGCUAAGGCAUUGGCUUCACCACUCAGAUUACCUCAUACUCCGGAAAUAACUUCCGGGUUUUCUCGGAAAUGUCCUUACGACUUUGAUUUACUUAUUAAGGAAAGGUAUCUUAAAGUUUUGAAAUAUGCUAAUUACACUAGUCACUCUGGUUUCUAUUAAAAAUUUAUUGCACAAAUGCAACAUUAUCAAUCUCUAUCGCUAAAAGUGACUGAAAAUUUUGAAGUAUUCAAACGUUGUUUUGAAAACAGUUCUGAAUGUUAUCGGCUGCGCUAGAGUUUUAAUUCCUUCCUCUUUUCUCAACGUUUAAAGAACUUUAAAAAUGAUUUAAUUUCAUCCUGACUAACCUGCAUUUGAAUUAUUUUUCCUUUGAAAUCUCACUUCGUAUCAGUUUUUUCUCUACAGUUUGUGGGGGGAAAUAACUAUGUCAUAUAGAUUCAAUUUGAGCUUUGAGUAGCUUUGAACUAAAGAUUUUCUUUCCCUGCGAUCAAGAAGCAUUUUUCAAAACUUUAGGAAGGAAAAUCGUCGCUUUGAAAAUAACGAAUAACGGGGAGCUAAAUUUGCUUUCAAGUAAUUAUUCACCCUAGAUUUAACUCUUCUUUUAUGUCUAAAAGUUUCGCCAACAUUGCUCUUGGAUUUACAACUAGUUUCACAAGAAUUUAAAGAAUGCCGAGCGCAUGAUUGUAAAUGUAUAGCGCCAGUAAUUGUAGAGUAGCGCAUGUAAUACGAAAGAGCUAUAUCUCAAAUUUUCUUAAAGUAUUAACAAUUAUGUAGACAAAAUGCGAAGAUUACAGUUACAAAUCGCAAUUCCUUUUUAUAACUUAAGCCUCAUUUAUUACUCGAUUAGAUGAUAAAACCGUUGCAAAACUGUUUGAUGAUUUGUGUACUUUGUUAAAGAAAACAAUGCUUAGCGCAGUAAGUUAUUGCAUAGAAUUUGUCGAAAAAUUUCAUAUUUUACCAUCGUAUUCAUCGUAAGAUGGAUGAAAAGUUUUCCUUCGCUGGUUCCUUCAGUCUGCUUAAUCUGCUAAAAAGUGUUAAUAGGUAAAUGGUUAAGAAAAAUGCGUGGCCACUCAGAGUUCUUCAAACUCAGGGUGUAACUUCCGUGUUUUCUCGGAAUUCGACAAACGAGUUUGUGUUAUAUCACAGUUUACUAAGGGUGGAAAGAUAUCUGAAGGCCUUAAAAAUUUACUAAUUACACUUGUCACUUUAGUCUCUAUUGACCAUAUUAUCAUGUAAACGCACCUAUGUAAAUUUUAAAUUUCGAAAGGAGAGUAAACUUUGAAAUAUUAAAACUUUGUGUGUUGUUCAAAGUUCUGAAUGCUUCUGGCUGCGCAGCUGUGUUUAAACUCUUCCCCUUACCUAACGUUUUAAGAGCUAUAAACCUUGAUUUAACUUUUGCCAGUAUGAUAUUAACUCGUAUUUGCAAUAUCGUUCCUCUGAAAGCUUACUUCGACUUAUUUGUGCGGUUAUUUAGGGACUAAUAUAUUUAUAGAGAUAGAUGUUUUUCGUAUUUUCAUGAGCGUGGAGAAAAGAGAAAAUUCUGAGUCCUCAUGGGCAAUCAUACCUCGGACCUUCGGAUUCCGCGCUCCGAUCCGUUCCGAUGCUCUGAAGGUCUGAAGUUCGAUCCUUUGUGGGACCUUGUUUGUCCCAUUUUUGCGCUUAAGCGAAAAAAUAAUAAUAAUAAAAAAUUUUCAUUGCCGAGCUCAAAAUCUAUUAUAUUUCUUAUUGUAAGAUAUUUUUAAAAUCAUUGUCACAAUUGGUUUUGUUAUUCAUUCAAAGGCUGACGACGGUAAAACUUACUCAGUUUAAAUAUUCAAAAGUUAAAAGACUCUUAAUUAAAUUUCAAUUUACCUUCUGGCGGCUUUUUCUCAGUAAAUAAAUUCCUAGUUGAUUCUAUAGCCAGCAACAAUCAUAUCUACAUCUCUUACAAAUUAAUCUAGUAAUCGGGUUUACAAAGUUUGCGUGGACUGGAACCUUAUCACUUUUAAGCUUAUUUAAGCUGCAGUAAGAGGACCAAUGAGAGGCGUUUAAUUGGAAACAUGUCCAGUAUGGAUGAAAGUUUGAACUUGUUUCAGGUGCUUUUUAACUUUCGGCUGGGCUUCCGAAGAUCCUUUUCCAAUUCUUAUUACUGCGACAACUCGAUGGUCGCAAAUCAAAGCAUCGUAGGAAGUGGAGGCAGCUGGAGAGCAAGUCACGACAAAAGAUAUUAUUUAAGCUUUACUGUGGCAGACACGGGAUAUCACUGCACCGAUUUCAGUGUUCAGGAGGACUGGACACAAGGGGAAAACAGUUUUGAGUAUACUUUCUCGGAUGAAGGACCCUGGCUGAUAAGGUGAGUCAAGCAAAAUGGCUUUUACUUGUCAAUAAUUUUGAGCUAUCGUGGUCGUUUAAGCAACUCCUCUUCAUUUAACCAUACACAUUUAAUUCUAAAUACGCGAGAAACGAAACCUCGUUGGUACAAGGUAAUGACGGUAGCCCGUCCUGAUUUCCUGUGGAAAUCAUCAUCAAAAAACAAACAAAUAAUGAGAAAAGCAUUUACACAGGUUGGAAAAAAAGCACGAUAUUUUCAUACUCUACUUUACUUUUCCAUUUCCAAAACAGAGCCAUAAUAUGUGUCUUUUAAAAAAAAUCUGGAUAGUAUAUAUUUUUAAGGGAAUCACUCGUGACAAAUUUCUAAUGAUACCUAUAGCUGAAAUCGAUCCUAUUUCCUAGUUAUUUCAAAGUCUCCUACUGGAGCUAAACUUCGCUUUUAGUGUUAGUCGAUUAGUGUCAGUAUGAAAGGUCAUAUGUUAACAGAUAAAAUCUAACUGUGUUUCGCUGCAUCCAGUUAUUCAAGUUGCUGUUGGAUCUCAUUAGCGAAUGGAGGCAGUAGUUGGCUUCUCUCGACCACUGUCAAUCUGACAAGGCGGCAGGAUAACGGAAAAAUCAACUCAUCUCCGAUCUCAGCAAUGGCUCCCAUCGUUCGACACCAGCAAGGCUGCCCAAAAACAAUCACUAUUCCCGCCGAGGACUCGGAUGGUGAUAAAGUUCGCUGUCGAUGGUCAAUUGGCUAUUACAGAGAGUGUGGUGGUGUAUGUCAAAGCUUUCAAAGCGGCGCUUUGGACGAAGUAAGUUUAGCUGACGUGUUAAGAACGUUAAGGACACUUCAAUCAUAGUUUCUUUUGCCUUUGCUCUUUUUCGACAUGUUAUCAUUGCUUCUUUUAUGCUUUGAUCUUACCAGCACCGAGCUCAAUAAGCUUCUGUUGUACUCCUGUUCUUUCAAAGAGGUAUUGCGGGAGGGAAGUUUAAAUGCUUUUUUGAAUAAUAAAGUUUUGGAAGCCGAUUGUUCAACUGCAGUACUCCUACGGAUCAACCAUAUCCUCACAAGAAUACCAAUGCAUCAUUAACUUCAAAAUGAUAUCGAAUUUUUAUCUUGGUCACACGAUCGUGACAACACAAAGAAACAUCUUUAAUUUCAUUGGUCGGGAAUUUCUAAAAUAAAAAAGGUUAUUUUUUGGUUGCAUUGCAUCUUUCUACAUGUUGUAAAGCUACUUUUUUUAUUUGAUGUGAAAAGGGGAAAUGCACUUUGAGUCUCCCUAGCAAUAUAGCUCUCGGUUGGCAUGCAGUGGCUAUUACCUUAGAAGAUUACCCAGCUUCAACGACCAACUUCCAAAGCGCCACUCCAUACAGUCAUGUGAGCCUGCAGUUUCUUGUACACGUGAGUCCAUCUUCCGGGCCGUGUAAUAGGGCUCCAGUCCUAAUAGGCCAAAGUCCAAACGACGGAUCUUGUGAGGAAGUGUCAAAUGGAAACACAUUCAACAGCGUUAUUGAAGCAAAACAUAUCGACUCCUCCAGAAGGUAUGUGUUACUGCUGUACCCUUAACAUGCUAAAUCAGGUGGAUAUGAUAGUGACACUUUAAGUUGAACAUUAUUUACCGCACCUGCUUUUUUUUCAAUUUAGCCGUUUGAAGCAAGCCCUGAUUGGUUAAUUAAAGGAAUGUGCUUAUCAGACUUCAGAGCAUUCUUCUGUUGAAAUAUUGCAGAACGCAUAAGAACAAUCUCUUUUUCUGUAACUGACAAGGAUAGGGCAGAGGUCAUUUUUUGACAACAAUGCUCCUACUUUGUGCAUCGUCAAAUUAAUGUCAGUGUUUUAUAAGCAGGCAAUGAAAUAGACAAAGAUUCUCAACUUACCCAGCACGUUUGGAUGCAUUUCAGUCUGAAACAGAUUACGGAAAAUCUUGAUCUGAAAUCUUGGGUCCAAAAUUGUACAAGCCCUCUACAAGGCGGCCUAACUCACAAACAUGUGUUUUUUAAAGUAAACCAAUCACCUUCCGCCCUGAGCUUCACAGUAGUCCUGAUCAGUAAGGAAGAAUGUGAAAGCUUAGUUCCUUUUCAUUUUUUAUUUUUUCUACUCUAUUUUAGCAUUGCAGAGAUUAUCACUGUCACACCACUUUAUAUGGUUAUUUCUGGCCUCCUGAAUUACACUGAUUCGAUCGGGGACACAGUAUUCUACAGGAACGCGUCGUGGAAUCCGCGAUUGUCUCAGAAAGGACGACAUAUCUUUUGUUUCAAGGCAGUUGACAACUUCGGGUGGGUCACUUCAACAAAAUUAUUAUAAAAUAAAUUUAAAAAGGUACUAAUGCAUAUUUGCAGACUAUACAAGGUCUUUCUCACUUCUCACAUGUUUCCUGGAUAACGGCUCAGUGAUGGAUCUAGGGGAGGAGCCCAGGGGACCCGACCCCCCCUCCCUUAUUUUGGGUUAAAAAAAAAACAAAAACAAAAAAAAGAAUCGCAGAAGCAAGAAAAGCCGGCAGGUCAAGCUAAAAAAAACAGGUCCCCUCCCUUAGCUCAGGUUCUGGAUCUGCUACUGCCGGGCUGGCUCAAUAAGACUCGAUGAUUUUCUUUAAUGUCUACUUUGAUGUAAUCUUAUUUAUGUGCAACAAUUCGCAUUUCAGAAUUGAAAGCAAGCAAAGAUGUAUCACCAUUAUCGUCGGAUCAAGUGAGCUUGCAUUUUAAAUAGUAUUCUGCUGGUUACUCCGUGUCUGAAAUUAAACAGUUGAUUCGAAUUCAUACGCGAAAAAUUCUCAUGCACAGGUCUUAUGUCCUUUCAAUGUGAUUCUUUUCAGACAGCACUCCAAAUCCGUUAUUGUACUCCCGUGUUCCUGUGGUUCCUCGUUUGUCAUGGCCGUGGUGGUUUGGAUUUGUGGACUUUAACAUAACGUUUGACCAACAGGUAUUUUAUAUACUGAGUUGAAUUAUACACGUGUUUUGAUGGGUUCUAACUUAUAAUCUAUUCAAGGACAGACAGACAGAUGACGUCAACAAAAAAAUUUGGUUGCCAUGGGUUUGCACAGUAAAAGAUCACAGAACACGUCAAAAUGUGGUGAGAACAUCAGUGACACUCAGCUCCGCCUCAAAUGCCACUUUUUUGUUCUUACCACGUUGUGACGUCAUCUGUAAUCUAUUACUGAACAUACGCUCGGUAACAAAGAAUACUUUUUGUAAAGUAUUUCCAAAGUAAAAAUAUUUUUUGUUAAGUAUUUCCAAAAUAAGAAAACAAUGGCCGUAAUUCCACGAAAGCCUCUUUUUAAGCUUAACUGCUAACGGCUAACUAGUUUGUUUCCAUAACACAGAUCAAAAGACCACGUCAUUCCAAGUUUAUAAGGAUCGUCUUGGAAGAUCACGUGAUAUACAAACUUGACACACGCUCUUCGAGUGAAGUCACCGUUGAUAAAUUCAGCCUUAAAUUCCGCCUGCCACAAGUUGUACUCAGCAUGCGAGGAAAUUAUUCUAUCACCAUGGACCGUGGUGUUGUCGUGGGCCUCGGUUGUACAUCGGAUGGUCCGCCCUCACCAGGCUUCAGCUCGUUGAAAGACUGGCCAUUUGAUGUUGGAGUUUGUUCUAAGGGCACUUACAUGGGUCAGAAUAAUCAGUGUAGUGGUAAGAAUAUUGUGUUUUGCGUGGAGUACCACGGGGGUACACUAUGCUCUUACUUAUUUGCGAUCCUUUUCAAUCGUAUCCAUCUUUAACCACUCUUGCCUCUUGUUGAAUCAGUGUUGCCUUCCGUAGAAUAGGAAGAUGAUUGAGCGCGGUAGAGGGAAAAGGAAAAGAAAUCAUUCAUUUUGUCACGAGCGCGGGGCAAAAGAAAACUUUGAGUUCCCCCAUGAGAAAUCGAACCUUAAACGUUUAUGCCCAUGGUCCCAUGUUAAGCCUUCUUGAGAUUAGUGCCGUAGUGAAGCGGUUUAUUCCUCGUGAAUAUUCUGGUACUCAAACCUUAAGGAUACGUUACUUGGCAGGUCACGUGUUCUCUAACUUGCUAGACAAAGUCUCAAUUAAGAUAAAAGGGUCUCACAAGGUCGCCAGAGCAUAUGUUUGUUACAUACCAUUUACGAUUACAAGAAUUAAGUUUGUUACAAAUCGUGAGAAUUAUUAUGUUCUAAUUUCACGGUGAGAAGAUAAACCUUAGCUUGGGUUGCUUUUUUUCUAGACGUAAAUGAAUGUUCAAAGGCGCCGUCCAUUCUGAGUCGCAAGAAAAGAAGUCAUCGGUAUCGGUAUUGGCGCUAUAACACUUCUGCGCAAGGUAGGUAUAUGUUUUACCGCAUGUAAUUUGACAUAUCUCAGUUGUUCUUUUUUUCGGAGGAAAACUAAUGAGUUUCUCUCACUUUAUUUGACAGCCAUGGCAUCAAGUAUGCCCAUUACUAGUUUUUCACCGACGCCAGGUAAUUCAGCGGUGUUCAGUUGUAAUUAAUAACGAGCAGUAAUUGUUGCUUUUGGCGGUUAUUUGUACCCUGAGGGCCUGUUUACAUUGAGGUAGGGGACCCCAGGUAGGUGAGGUAACCCGCCUAGCCGUGGUCGAAAAAUAAAACGUGUUUACAUACAAUCUUACAACCCCAGGGUGCUGAGGUGCGGUUUCUUGAGGUUGUUGUUGCGCUUGCAACUAAGGAGUUUGAGCAGAGGCGUCCCAAGCUCAAAUCUCGAGAGAGACGAAAGAUUAAUUAUCGGGCACAUAUGUAUUUAUUCAUGAAAGCGUCACGCGUUGUGUUACGCGAUGUUAGGUUACGCGAGUACCGUUGACUUAAUACGUUAUGCGGAAUAGUUUGGGAAACGAAAUAUGGUCGAUUUACAACGCUAAAUAUUCCGAAAUGUGAACAUUUUACACUCCUUGUGUGUCCGUUGCAGUUUCUGGUGAUUUCUGCCAUGAGACGGCUACAAAAUGUACAAAGUUUUAAAACAUACAUGUUUCGCUUUUGAGCUUUUUGCCAUGAACGCGACCCCGGCUAGGCGGGUUACCCCACCUUGAGACGUUUACAUGCCAAAUUGUCACCCCGGCUGACCGGGUUACCCUACCUGGUAGACCAGGCAACCCGCCUAGGCGGGUAGCCCCACCUAUCAUGUAAACGUGAUCAAGAUAGUAUAAGAAAUUAUAUGGACAGGCGGGUUACCCCGCCUAGGCGGGUACUUCAUCUACCUGGGGUCCCCCACCUCAAUGUAAACAGGCCCUAAGAGGCAAACUCUUACAUAGACUUGUGUGUGGCAUUAAACUGUCUUAUUAUUUCCCUUUAGCUUUUGCAGUUGCUGCUACUUCGUCGAUUUCUGGUAAGAGUAAAUUUGAUGUCGAAUUCAGUAUUAAGAGAAAAAAACAAAAUGAAAGAAAAUUGAAAAAAGAAAUUUAUAUGGAGGGAACCUUUUGCUCUUGGCUUGAAACGUUGGCAUGGUUGUUAGUUCACAAGACUUAAGAAUCUCGAAAGAGGUCCGUGUUCGACUCCUUGCCCAAUGAUUAUACUGUGCUCUUGGGCCAAGGAAACAAUGUCAUCCUGCUUGGGCGAGGCACUUUAUUAAGUUAUAGAAACAUUUCAUUCUAUGUGAUUUUUGAAACUAGUGGUGAACAGAGCACUAUUGUCCAAGACUAUGCGUGUACGUGUGCGUGUGCGCAUGUGUAACAAUGACUUAUUCUUUCUAACUCUACAAUGGGCAAAAUUUAGUUUGCUUUAAGUUACUAGAGUAUCUGAAAGCGGUUUAGUUCAACGAAGAGAACUCAAUUUACGAGCUUUUCGAAUUGCUACGUGCCCAUAGUAAUAUAAGCGUUUGUGAAAUUACACAGUUUGCCUAGUUUCUCUCAUUUUAAUUGUCUUCUCGCUUACAUCUAUCAAAGUCUGUCAAUAGUUAUCAUCAUUUUAUAAUUCUCUUCUCUCUUUUCUUAAAUUUUUGUCGAUGCCUUCAUUUGACCUCAGAUCUGAACCUCAGGUAGUGUGGAAGAAUAAUGUCCUUUUGCAUAUUUUUACCAGGUGCCUGUUCAUAUUACCUAUACCAACGAAAUGGUCGAUUUACAAGCCCAGGCUUUCCAUACCAAUACUCAAAUAAUCAGCAUUGCACCUGGUCAAUUGAGGCCCCAUAUGGCUAUUACAUAUAUCUACAAUUUGGACCAUUUAAUCUUGAGAGUGACUACGACUGGGUCGAAAUAUUUGAUGGGAGCUCAGCAUAUAGUACAAGAAUUAAAAGGGAAAGCGGCUAUCAGCCAUCUUGGGGAGUGUGUAGCAGUGGAAGGUUUCUUUUUGUGAAGUUCACUUCAGACGGGAGUUAUACGCAAUCAGGCUUUUCAGCUACUUACCGGGUUGUAUCACAUGGUAAAGAUAUGCUUUAAUUACGUAAUUCUUUAUGAAUUAGAAUACUUUCAUCAAUCAAUAAUUGAUGCUCAAUCUAGCCUCUAGAUGUUUUGGAGAUCCUUAAUUUAGGGUUAACCUCUAGGUUUCCUUUUUCUCAAUAGCAGGGCUUGUUAUGAAAAGUACUUGUUAUUUUGAAAUAAAGUGCUGUAAAUGUUAACGUUCUCCACAUUACUAAUUUCGGAUGCCCGUUUUCUAUAAUGAAUCAUUUGAAGAGUAACUUAAGUGAAUAAGGACGGGGGAUGAACAACUGAUGGACCAACAGAUAUAGUAGUUGCAUCAGUUUAGAGUAACUCUUCAUUCUUCCACGGGUGCAACUAUCAAUGCAAGGUUGUCAUCUAAUGUAUAGCUUUCAAUUUACAAUUAAAUGUAAUUUAAGAGGCACUGAUCAAUUGACAGAAAGUGAAAUGAUAUGAUGCCCCCCCCCAAUUUUAGUCUCCUGGAUACUCCCCAUUAUCCCUUCAUCAUACCGCUAAAAAACUGUAAACGAUAACCCCCCCCCCCUCCUUCCAUUCUCUUAUAAUUUUUUGUGUGUUUUCCCUCAUCAUGCAAUACAAUUAGUUACUAUGAUCAAAUUUUAAUCCGUUAACUCACAGCUUCCGGGGUCGGCCAAGUUUUUGCUUCAGCUGUUCAUGUAGGGUGUUAUGGUAGCAGUCUCAAGACACCUAUACCAUCCACAAAUUGUGAGUCAAUUAAGUUAUUCUAGUUUGCUAUUUACUCUCAUUAGUCAUAGGCUGUACUGAUUAAUUACAAAUCUGUUGAUACAGGAAGAAGGAUUACCAGCUGGGUACUUUCUAUAGAAUAUUUGUCAAACAAUUUCAGUUUCCAUACGAGUUACAAAGUGUUCGCUAUAGCUAAGUUAACUUUUAGUAUUUUGGAUAUCUUUAGUUUACACAACCUUAGUUGACAUGCAAGUGUUACUGAAAGAGGUUAAUUAAGAAGUUUAACGAAAAUUUUUGACAAUUUAUGCAUGUAUUAAAGAAUAUCAACUAACGCAUUCUAUUGUUGAUAAGCUUCAUUCUACAAUCUAAGUAAAAUCAUUAUAUAAUUUAAAGAAAACGAUUCUCUCCGCUCAGUUUCGUUUGAAUUGCUAUGAACAUUUCCAUCCUCGUUGUUUGAAUUCCUUUGAUUGCAUUUGGUAAAACAUGAUUUCCUUUUAUUUUUCAUUAUAGUAUCCCCAACGAGGUCAUCUACAUAUAUUCCAUCGACAUCCUCCGCUAUUGGUAAAUUAUAGAAACAUUUCAUUCUAUUUGAUUUUUGAAACAAGUGGUAUACAGAGCACCAUUGUCCAAGACUAUGCUUGUGCGUGCGCAUGUGAAACAAUGACUUAUUCUUUCUAACUCUACAAUGGGCAAAUUCAGUUUGCCUCAAGCUACUCGAGUAGCUGAAAGCGGUUUAGUUUAAUGAAGAGAACUCAAUUUACGAGCUUUUCGAAUUGCUACGUGCCCAUAGUAAUAUAAGCGUUUGUGAAAUUACACAGUUUGCCUAGUUUCUCUCAUUUUAAUUCUCUUCUCGAUUACAUCUAUCAAUGUCUGUCAAUAGUUAUCAUCAUUUUAUAGUUCUCUUCUAUCUUUUCUUAAAUUUUUGUCCACGCCUUCAUUUGACCUCAGAUCUGAACCUCAGGUAGUGUGGAAGAAUAAUGUCCUUUUACAUAUUUUUAUCAGGUGCCUGUUCAUAUUACCUAUACCAACGAAAUGGUCGAUUUACAAGCCCAGGCUUUCCAUACCGAUACUCAAAUAAUCAGCAUUGCACCUGGUCAAUUGAGGCCCCAUAUGGCUACUACAUAAAUCUACAAUUUGGAUCAUUUAAUCUUGAGAGUGGCUACGACUGGGUCGAAAUAUUUGAUGGGAGCUCAGCAUACAGUACAAGAAUUAAAAGGGAAAGCGGCUCUCAGCCAUCUUGGGGAGUGUGUAGCAGUGGAAGGUUUCUUUUUGUGAAGUUCACAACAGAUUCAAGUGCUACGCGUCAAGGCUUUUCAGCUACUUACCGGGUUGUACCACGUGGUAAAGAAACAUCUGUCUGCUAAUCCCCUCAUAUUUGAUAAAACGUAUUUUUUCAUCAGAAAGAAAUGGGUAUCCGCUUGAUUUAUUUUGAUCAAUGAGAAAAUUUAUUCGAAGAUAGAAAAUAUUAAGUGUUCCUCAAAGGUGCACGUGUGUCACCAUUUUUCCAACUUUGAUUGCAUAAUAAUAGUAUACUGCCACAGGCCUGUCAUCGUUCAUCCCUCCUUCCCAAGGACCUCACCCAAAACGUACAGCUGAAAAACUCGUGAACCUUCUCAAAAUCACCAUGUCCCUCCUUGAUAGAUUACGAGUUAAUAAAUCAUAUACUCUUUCCUAAAACUCAGCCUCCAAUGUCUACCAAGUCUAUGCUUCAACUUUUCUUGGAUCGUGUUAUGGAAGCAGCCUCAUAUCCUCUCCACCGCCCACACGUGGUUAGUAAUUUCAGUCAAUUGUAAUAUUGCUAUUUGUUAAAAUAUAUAUGAAGCUUAAAAGUGAGAACUACGUAUUUAAGAUAUAUUGUGAGGGAACAAGAAAGGAGCAAGUUCGUACCUUAGAGCAUCUUACUUACUCGAAAAAGAUCGAAUACUAUUACUUAACUUAUUUACUUUAAGUCAUCGAUUCGUAGUUUUUCAGUUCUUCUUUACACGGGUGGUUAAAUUCUAGUGUGUUUUUGGCAAGUUUUCCGACCAUUUUCUUCUCUUUCAAAAUACUCAUGUAAAAAACUGAUAAUAUGAGGGUUUUUAAGUUGUGAGGACACUAUGGUGUCACACCAUGUGUAGGAUAAGACUGAAGAGAAUUUUUUGAUUUUCCCAAGUGUAAAUAACGUGGAAAAUGAAAACAAGAGAGAGAGAGAAAAUAAAAUGUAUACCAACAUCAAACCAAAUUUAAGCUGGCCACGAAAAAAGCGAAUUUAGCCAUUGCAGAGAUGGUGAUUUGCUUAUGACGUAGUUUUAACAUUGUUCAAUUAUUGCUUUUGCUUCAGAACGAAGCGUCCAGUCAACUCCAGUGAUGCAUACUUCUCCUAACGUGAUGACAUCUUCACACACAAGUGCCAGUGAGUGUCUAAAUUGUUCUAUCAAAUUUCACUGAAUCUAGAGUCGGAGGCGAAACACAGGAAAGUCGUAAUUGAUCAGUUUCUGCGAGUCCAGCAUAAUGGACACACUAUAAGUUAGAGUGACAAACUUGCCAGAAUUAAUAGAAGAGGCUGGCCAAGCGUACAAAACUUAAUUCAACACCUUCUGCUUUUCUCUCUCCCUCUCUCAGACUCGUUGAACAUAAAAGCAACGGUUACAACGGUAAUGCCUGUUACGUCCAGUACACCAUUUGUGCUACACCUUCCCGCCAAUUGCCAGCAUGACUGUGUUAACACAUGGGGUAGUUAUUACUGCACUUGCCGUCAAGGAUACAGAUUAGAGGCGGAUGGGAAAACAUGUCAGGGUAAGUACAUAGAUCAUGGACUACUCCAUUAUGCUUCAAUAUCCACCAAUAGCAUAUCGGUCUCAGUUAUGCCGAAUAGAGUGAAACAAACAAAAUUUGACUUCAUGGUUACUGCUUACUGCACAAAAAUCAUCACGUGAACAAUGUUUGUAACAAUUUGCACGUAACAUUACUCCAAAAUUAUAAGACUCUCGCACACAUUGCAUCAUAAGGCAUCAAGUAAGAAAGGGGGAAGUGGGCAAAUAGGGUGACGUUAUUUUUAGUUUCUUUCCUUGACAUUAUUGAUUAAAGGGCACUUUUAGACGAAAAUAAGCCGUAUCUUACGCCAAAACGCGAAAUAAUUCCGCAAAACCGCGUAAUUUAAGCGUCGCAAAAUCAAUACACACGUGCACUUUACUUAAGAAAAAUGCCGCGAAAACUUCAAGCAAUAAGUUAGCUGUACAAAAACUAACGCAUCUUUAGCAUGAAAGGCUUUCUAUUCUUGAAUAUAAUUGUGGUUAUAUUGUUCCAUUUGAAAUCUUGAAAUUAUGAAGCUCACGUAAUUAUUCGCACAGAGAUGAUCCAUGGCAAGAAUCUAUUGAACUUUAAUCACAUCCAAAAAAAAGGAGAUUCUUGGGAUUUUCCAGAAUGCGCCGUUUUAAGUUUGGUAAAUUGAUCAGAGUUGAAUCAAUUAGCUCACCCUGCUUUUUACGAGUCUCACAAACGUUUUAUGUUUGUAUUUACUGAUAGAUAUAAACGAAUGCUUAACUCAAAAUGGUGGCUGCACCCAUCAGUGUGUGAAUAUCCCAGGAGGUCACUAUUGCAAAUGUCCCGAGGGUGUAACAAUGGGCUUUGAUAACAAGACUUGCCAUGGUAAGUAAAUUGCGUGCAAACUAUACUCUCACAGCUGACUGCGCGAUCCUCUACACUGCUGUGCUACGUUUUAAUGCAUAAACAUUUGGUACAGAACAGUUUUUCAACAAAAUUCUUUUAUAUCUGUUGAAACUAACAAGGAGAUACGUAUAAACGGAUGGGUAAAAUAUAUGGUUAACUGAUUUCACUGGCAGAAUCUUCACUUGUGAACUAAUGUUUUUCGGUCUUUUCAGAACCUGGUAUUACAGUGAAAUGUACAGCUGAAGCAAUGUUUAUCUUUCUGGAGAGAAAAACUUUCCAAGGAUUUGAUCCAAACAAACUGACACUUCUUUACACGUCAUGCCGUGCGUCCUACAACGAUUCCCACAUUUCCUUGCGCACGAGUCUCAAUGACUGUGGAACCACUCAUAACGAAAGCGAGGACGCGAUAACUUUCUACAACAAAGUGCGAAGUGUCCAGUCUUACUCCGGCAACAUCAUCACUCGGGAGCAAAAUGUGUCAAUUCCUUUCUACUGCAGUUAUGGACGUAAGGCCCAGCUACGAAAUCCAACUUUCAAAACCUGGAAGAACCAUUUCACAGUUUCGGAAGGUAACCUUUUACAAGGAAAUGCUCAUUUAAUUACAUCUGUUUUAAGAUAUAACAUUAACUUCAUUACUACAAGAGUCAUUGUACAGUUCAAUGAAUUUAUAUCCUUCAAGGGAAAACAUUCAUUGAAUAAACCUUUUUUGAAAAAAAAAACCCUUCAGCUCGUCUCCUUGCCAAAUCGAUGGUAGCUGUCACCUGACACUGUGGUGCGAUUUUACGACCUUUAUUGCUUUCCAGAACUCAAUGAGCCUUUCGUUUUUGCUCAAGUUCAAUUUGAUUUUCUGUCGAUAAUUUCAUUGUUCCCAACAACCACCAGGGCUGGGUGAUCCAUGACGUUUACAGAUCUUAAAGAACAGCCGGCAAUUUUACUUUCUUUUCAUAGGUGGCUAUGGCAACUUCACCUUCACUAUGGAUCUAUUCAAGACGGCCAGAUAUCUUACACCGUUCAGCUACAAUGACUAUCCAAUCACGGUUCAUCUUCGGGAUCAGUUAUUUCUUCAGUUGACGGUACAAUCACACCAAUCUAACCUGGUUCUCUUUGUCGACACCUGCAAGGCGACUCCCACUCCUGAUCCGUACUCAGUUCCUCAGUAUGUCUUCUUGCAGAGAGGGUAAACAUGUCUUGCUCUGUACAACGAUUCCUGAAAAAUGUUUCCUAUAACAAUUUUCGGUUUAUGCAGUUUCUCCCUCAACGAACGUUUUUGAUUACACCAGGACUAAUUCCGGGCGUAACCAGGGUACAAAAUAGAAUCAAAUUUUUGUGAAAUCCAUUUUACGGAGCAAAAACGCGCAAACUGAUGGCGAAUAUUUGAGUAGAUAAUAAUAAGCCGUGGAUCAAGCCACUAAAAAAUUUUUUUAAACUUUGUUUUAUUUUUGUUCGAGUCAGUUUUUCGUGGUGCUAAUUUUUUUUUCCUGGUGGUUUUCGUAUUAGCUCAUCUACAAAUUCAUAAUUAUAAUUCUCUUUGCUUGGCUGCAGAUGUAAGCUGGAUUCUACCCUCAAUUAUUCGUACUCCAUCAGCUCCAAACAGCGUUUUAGCAUCCAAGCGUUUCGUUUUAUUGAAGACCAUCCAGUAGUGCAUCUUCACUGUGAAGUCCUGGCUUGCCACCGCAACACUGCCCGGUCUCGCUGCCUCCAGGGAUGCUCCCGCUAUCGAGGACGGAGAGACGAGGUGCCUGGUUCUGAGAGUACUCAAGUGUACGAAAUGUCGUCAGGACCAAUCAAAUACCAGAACGGGGCGAGUGCAACGGACACGACAGAAGGUGAGUGGGCAGUGGAGAGUCGUGAGUAACGAUUUACUCAAUACUUAUGUGGAAAGGGUAGAUACCCGUAGAUUGACCAUGGAAUCAGCACGAAAGAAUUGCCAUACUUUCCCGACUCGAUACAGGUUACCAAACACCAAACAAACGUCAACUGAAUGUACUAGAUCAUUACAUAAUUUACUGAAGUAACCGUAAAGUUACUGUACCUAAGCCGAAUCGCUUUCAAUUUGUUUUCAUCCUUUUAGCUGAAACUCAAACCAACAUGGAGAUCAUUACAGUAGUGGCGGCAUCCGGCGGAUUUUGCCUCCUUCUUGUUAUCAUUCUCACCAUCGUCGUUAUUCGAAUCAAGAAGCGUCUCAACGGAGCCUUCGCAGAUCGCAACAAAGUCUACCCCAUGGAACAGUGUGGCAAUCACGUCAAGGAAGACAACAGCAACAACUUGGGUUUCGUUCAGGAUGACGAACUGAACUAGAUGGGGUACAAACCGAUCAUUAUGAAACCGCGUGCUCCUGAUGCUGUUACUUCUGAGAGAGCUUGAUACGAAGAAUGGAGUGUUUCCUGAGGGUCUCUCUCAUCUUGGAUGUAUAUUAAGGACUGGAAUGCUCGUGGGAAAAUGUUAAUUUCACCUUCAAAAGGGGACUGAUCUGGAUAUAGCUGGUGCAUCAGGUUUUUUUGGCCCCAAAAGAUGUCAAUUAAAAAUCUAAGCAAUCUCAUGGCAAUGUUUUUUCUUAUUGAUGGAGACUACGAAAACAGCGCGACAGGUUUGUUUAAUGCCUUUCGAAGAAAUCUAGAACAGGUACAUCGACAAUUAACUAUUUUAGUGUUUCUGCUGGGAUACUCCCAGUGAUGAAAAAAUCUACACCUUCAUCCUUCCUUAAAUUAAGAGCAUUCCAGGUCCUCUC